CUCUUCAUCGAUACCUUGGUAUUACACAACAUCCUGAAACAAAAAAUUACAUUAUAGUUAUAGAAUUGGCGCAUAAUAAGGAUCUACAUUAUUUUUUAAGUAAAAAAACUUUGUCUGGGUUAGAAAAAUUAAGACUAUUACAUAGAAUUUCAGAAGGAGUUGACCUAAUGCGCGCACGUCAAAUGAUUCAUCGUGAUCUUCAUAGUGGCAAUAUUCUCAUUAAACAGGAUGAAUUAGUUGAUUUAAUAGAAAAAUGCUGGCAUCAAGAUCCAGCAAAAAGAAAAUUAAUUACGAGGUAUAAUCAUGCGAAGUUUACAGAUGUAAAUGAGCUUGAAGAUCUUAUUAUGAAAGCCGAAAGAGGCGAAAUAAAAUGUUCAGAAAAUGAAAGUACAAAUAUUUUACAAACUAAAAUAAAUGACCAAGCAAUUUAUUCUAGCCGACUAUUAACUCCAUUAAUUAGUAAAGCAUUGACUUUACAAAGUAUGAAAUUAAAUAGCAAUGCACUUAUAG